CCUGUUCACACAAGGCAUUGUGGGAUACAAAUUUGAAACAGGAGAGGAAAAUGGAAGACGUGAAUGAAAUGUGAAAGACUGACUACAGUAAUGGAAAGCGAGAAGACGUUAUGUUGAGAAGGAAAGGAAACGCAGGACCAAACUACUAAAUAUCGGCGGUCAGUGAGCGCCUUGGUGUGAUCAGCUGUUCGUUUAGCAACAGAAUGAUAUAAUUGUCAGUGCACAGUCAAGGUAAACCUGUCCAUGGCAGUAAUGCAACACUGAAGAAGACGACGACAACUCAGGUAUGGAUCCAAACACCACCAAUCCAAAUGGCACAGGUGUGGCUAAUUUUACAGACGGGCUUGGUAGAAGUCCUGCAGGCAUGAUCCUUCUCUCUCUCACUCUGUCUCUGCUGGCUGUACUAACCACAGCAAUCAACUCCUUAGUCAUCACUGCCAUCACUGUCACUCGCAAACUUCACCACCCCGCUAACUACCUUAUUUGCUCUCUGGCUGUGACGGACCUGCUGGUGGCCAUCCUGGUCAUGCCUUUUAGCAUCGUCUACAUUGUGCAAGAGACAUGGGUCAUGGGUGAGGUAAUGUGCACCAUCUGGCUCAAUGUUGACAUCACCUGCUGCACAUGCUCUAUUUUGCAUUUGGCAGCUAUUGCUGUGGAUCGUUAUUGCGCCAUCACAGAUGCCGUGGAGUACUCCAGGAAGAGGACGUCUCUUCGGGCUGUUGUCACAAUCAGUGUUGUUUGGCUCCUGUCCAUUCUCAUAUCUCUACCUCCAAUGCUUUGGAGACACUUCAAACAAGGAGAAAAGCAGGAGAACGAAUGUCUCAUAAGACAUGAAAACAUUGCUUUUGCCCUUUACUCCACAUUUGGGGCCUUCUACGUCCCACUUAUACUCAUCCUUAUCCUUUACUAUAAAAUAUACCAAGCAGCUAAAAUUAUUUACCACAAAAGAAGGCCCAGCCCCAUGAACAAGCUUGAGAUAAAUGGACACAAGAUCCCUAUGUGCGCUGACAGAGAACAGCAGAGUCAUAAUGCACUCACCCUACCAGAGAAGUCAAUGUCAGAACCCUCUACAGAGAGCAACAAGAAACACAGCCCUGCCACAAGCCCAAAUUUUCAGCCUCGCCAUGAGAUGUCGAUCAAAAGACAACGGAUUUCAGGGGCACGUGAAAGAAAGGCAGCCAUGACCCUGGGCCUCAUUCUUGGGGCAUUUGUCAUCUGUUGGCUGCCAUUCUUCAUUCAGGAAGUGAUUAUUAGCAUAUGCAGCAACUGCACCCCCUCCAAUGAAAUGGCUACAUUUCUGACCUGGCUAGGAUACCUUAACUCACUAAUCAACCCACUCAUUUAUACCAUCUUUAAUGAGGACUUCAAGAAAGCAUUUCAUAAAUUGAUCAAAUGCCGAAAUGAACUGUGAUACAGAAAAAUGGAAUGUCAUUGCUUUCAUUGAAAAUGUUAAAUAUUGAUGUGAAAUUUUGAAAAUGGGAGAGAAAAUGAAUACUUCUAUAAUGCAGGUGAAUAUUUAAAAGUGAUGACCUUUGUUUGUCUGUAAAAAUACACACAUUGCCCAUCAAAAGUUUGGAGACACCUUGCUGUUUUCAAGUGAAUUUUGACUUUAAAUGCUCCCAAAAAACUUUAAAACUGUGCAGGAGAAACCUGUGCAGGAGCAGUCACCCAACCUUUGCCCAGGAUGUUCUGUGAUGAGUCAGACUGAAAGGUUUGAGAGACAGAGGUGUUCACUGGCAUGUUCUACAAGUGGUACAAGCUCUCUAAGUAACGUGUAUUAAAUGUGUCCAUAGUUUGUAUGAAGAAAGUGUAACUGUUUUUACUGCUGAGAUUUUUAAAUGAACAUAUACAUUUAUUCUCUUUUAUAUACACAUUCACAUACAUUAUAGCCAAAAGUUUGUCGAUACCUGACCAUCACAGUCAUUUGUGCACCUUCUCCAAACUGUUCCCAUAAAGACCCCAAACACUGAAGUAUGCUAUUACCAGUCGAUUUAAUUUGUAUAUGUCACAAACAUCGUACAUGUAAGCUGGUGUAUGAAAAUAAGUCAUCUUAUGGGAUUAUAAUAAUCAUAAAUGUUAAAGAAAAAA